GGGGUCCGGCCGGCUCUGGAUAAGGGCUGCGGGUAGAAGGGGACCCCUGCGGAGACGGAGGGGUGCGGGCCGGGGAGCUGACUCCGCGCGCGACCACCGGCCCUGCGCGUGCGCCCUGGCGCGGCCCGGGUGACAGGCCUGUUACCUCAUGGUCUCAAGGUGGCUACUGCAACUUCAGGCAUCAAAUAUUCAUUGGACCACACUCAAUGGCAAGAAGAAGGGGGAUAGCCAGAGCAACAAGAGAAAUUUCUCUUGACGUGCUUCUCUCCUUGUAGCUGGAGGAAAAAAGAUAUUUCCAGAAGUUCUCCCAUAGACUUCUUCUACCUCAUCGGUCAAAAGUCCUUUAAUGGAGCGGCCAGUGUAUCUGCAGACCUGGUUUCAUCUGAUGAUUUACAGACCCCAGCUCUGAAGCCAGUUACACAUUUCCCUGUGGCCAGGCACAGAGUAGCUGAUUAUCCUCACGAUGUUGGACUUUUUGGCUGAGAAUAACCUCUGUGGCCAAGCAAUCCUAAGGAUUGUUUCCUGUGGCAAUGCCAUCAUUGCUGAACUUCUGAGGCUCUCUGAGUUUAUUCCUGCUGUAUUCAGGUUAAAAGACCGAGCGGAUCAACAGAAAUAUGGAGAUAUCAUAUUUGAUUUCAGCUAUUUUAAGGGUCCAGAAUUAUGGGAAAGCAAACUGGAAGCUAAGCCAGAGCUACAGGAUUUAGAUGAAGAGUUUCGGGAAAACAACACAGAAAUUGUGACCAGAUUUUAUUUAGCAUUUCAAAGUGUGCAUAAAUAUAUUGUAGACUUAAACAGAUAUCUAGAUGAUCUCAAUGAAGGUGUUUAUAUUCAGCAAACAUUAGAAACGGUGCUUCUCAAUGAAGAUGGAAAACAACUUCUAUGUGAAGCACUGUACUUAUAUGGAGUUAUGCUCCUGGUCAUCGACCAAAAGAUUGAAGGAGAAAUCAGAGAGAGAAUGCUCGUUUCUUACUAUCGAUACAGCGCUGCUCGAUCUUCUGCUGAUUCGAAUAUGGAUGAUAUUUGUAAGCUGCUUCGAAGUACAGGUUAUUCCAGCCAACCAGGAGCCAAAAGACCACCCAGCUAUCCUGAGAGUUACUUCCAGAGGGUGCCUAUCAACGAGACCUUCAUCAGCAUGGUCAUCGGUCGGCUAAGAUCUGAUGAUAUUUACAACCAGGUCUCAGCGUAUCCAUUGCCAGAACAUCGGAGCACAGCUCUGGCAAAUCAGGCCGCCAUGUUGUAUGUAAUUCUCUACUUUGAGCCUUCCAUUCUUCAUACCCAUCAAGCAAAAAUGAGAGAGAUAGUGGAUAAAUACUUUCCAGAUAAUUGGGUAAUUAGUAUUUACAUGGGGAUCACAGUUAAUCUAGCAGAUGCUUGGGAACCCUACAAAGCUGCAAAAACUGCUUUAAACAACACCCUGGACCUUUCAAACGUCAGAGAACAGGCAAGCAGAUACGCUACUGUCAGCGAAAGGGCACACGCACAAGCACAGCAGUUCCUGAAAGAAGGUUGUUUGAGGGAGGAUCUGGUUCUGGAUAACAUCCCGAGGCUUCUGAACUGCCUGAGAGACUGCAAUGUCACCAUUCGAUGGCUGAUGCUUCAUACCGCAGACUCAGCCUGUGACCCAAACAACAAACGCCUUCGUCAAAUCAAGGACCAGAUUCUAACAGACUCUAGGUACAAUCCCAAGAUCCUCUUUCAAUUGCUGUUGGAUACUGCACAAUUUGAGUUUAUACUCAAAGAGAUGUUCAAGCAAAUGCUUUCAGAAAAGCAGGCCAAAUGGGAACAGUACAAGAAGGAGGGCUCAGAGCGGAUGACGGAGCUUGCUGAUGUCUUUUCAGGAGUGAAACCCCUAACCAGAGUGGAGAAAAAUGAAAAUCUUCAGGCUUGGUUCAGAGAGAUCUCAAAACAAAUAUUGUCUUUAAAUUAUGAUGAUUCUACUGCUGCGGGCAGAAAAACGGUGCAACUAAUACAGGCUUUGGAAGAGGUUCAAGAAUUUCACCAGUUGGAAUCAAAUCUGCAAGUGUGUCAAUUUCUUGCUGAUACUCGCAAGUUUCUCCACCAAAUGAUCCGAACCAUUAACAUUAAAGAGGAGGUCCUGAUCACAAUGCAGAUCGUUGGGGACCUUUCUUUUGCUUGGCAGUUAAUUGACAGUUUCACAUCUAUCAUGCAAGAGAGCAUAAGGGUAAACCCAUCCAUGGUCACUAAACUCAGAGCUACAUUCCUAAAGCUUGCCUCUGCCCUUGACCUGCCCCUUCUCCGUAUUAAUCAAGCAAAUAGCCCUGACCUUCUCAGUGUAUCUCAAUAUUAUUCUGGCGAAUUGGUGUCCUAUGUGAGAAAGGUUUUGCAGAUCAUUCCGGAAAGCAUGUUUACUUCCCUUCUGAAGAUCAUAAAGCUUCAGACCCACGAUAUCAUUGAAGUGCCGACCCGGCUGGACAAAGACAAGCUGAGGGACUAUGCUCAGCUCGGCCCACGAUACGAGGUUGCCAAGCUUACUCAUGCUAUUUCCAUUUUUACUGAAGGCAUCUUAAUGAUGAAAACAACUCUGGUCGGCAUCAUCAAGGUGGACCCCAAACAACUGCUGGAGGACGGAGUAAGGAAGGAGCUGGUUAAGCGCGUGGCUUUUGCUCUUCAUAGGGGAUUGAUCUUCAACCCUCGAGCCAAGCCAAGUGAAUUGAUGCCAAAGCUGAAAGAGCUGGGAGCUACCAUGGAUGGGUUCCAUCGUUCUUUUGAAUACAUUCAGGACUAUGUCAACAUUUACGGUCUGAAGAUUUGGCAGGAAGAAGUAUCUCGUAUUAUAAAUUACAAUGUGGAACAAGAGUGUAAUAACUUCUUAAGAACAAAGAUUCAAGACUGGCAAAGUAUGUACCAGUCCACACAUAUUCCAAUACCAAAGUUUACCCCUGUGGAUGAGUCUGUAACAUUUAUUGGUAGACUCUGCAGAGAAAUCUUGCGGAUCACGGACCCAAAAAUGACAUGCCACGUUGACCAGCUGAACACUUGGUAUGAUAUGAAAACCCAUCAAGAGGUGACCAGCAGCCACCUCUUCUCAGAAAUCCAGAACACCUUGGGGACUUUCGGCCUGAACGGGUUAGACAGGCUCCUGUGCUUUAUGCUUGUCAGAGAGUUACAGAAUUUCCUCAGCAUGUUUCAGAAAAUUAUCUUGCGAGACAGAACUGUGCAGGAUACUUUAAAAACCCUCAUGAAUGCCAUCAGCCCCCUAAAAAGCAUUGUAGCAAAUUCGAAUAAAAUUUAUUUUUCCGCCAUUGCCAAAACACAGAAGAUAUGGACCGCUUAUCUGGAAGCUAUCAUGAAGGUUGGGCAGAUGCAGAUUCUGAGACAACAGAUUGCCAAUGAAUUAAAUUAUUCUUGUCGGUUUGACUCCAAACAUCUGGCAGCUGCUUUGGAGAAUCUCAAUAAGGCUCUCCUAGCAGAUAUUGAAGCCCACUAUCAGGACCCUUCACUUCCUUACCCCAAAGAAGAUAACACACUCUUAUAUGAAAUCACAGCCUACCUGGAGGCAGCUGGCAUCCACAACCCACUGAACAAGAUAUACAUAACAACAAAGCGCUUACCCUACUUCCCGGUUGUCAACUUUCUAUUUUUGAUUGCCCAGUUGCCAAAACUUCAGUACAGCAAAAACCUAGGCAUGGUCUGCCGAAAACCUGCCGACCCCGUGGAUUGGCCGCCACUCGUGCUGGGACUGCUCACCCUGCUGAAGCAGUUUCAUUCCCGGUACACAGAACAGUUCCUGGCGUUGAUCGGCCAGUUUAUCCGCUCCACAGUGGAGCAGUGUACAAGCCAGAAGAUACCAGAAAUGCCUGCAGAUGUUGUGGGUGCCCUUCUGUUUCUGGAGGAUUAUGUUCGGUACACAAAGCUACCCAGGAGGGUUGCUGAAGCACACGUGCCUAAUUUCAUUUUUGAUGAGUUCAGAACGGUCCUGUGACUUUUUUUGACUUCUGCGUCUUCAGUGAAAGGAUUAUCCUUAAACCUGCCCACCGUCACUAAAAUGAACUUGGAAAUGAAAAGAAACCCAACUGCUCAAAGAACUGCAUUUUUUCCCUUUAUUGUGGGAAACGUCAGACGUUCUGAGUAAGAUGUAUUUCACGGAACUGAUUAAUAUAAUUAAUGUUGUUUAAAUCAUGGUAUUAUAUGCAAUUUAUAUCAUGUAGCGGCAGAACACAUUCUGUACCGCCUCAUAAAUGCUGAGUGUAAUUGUUGUGUAUAAAUCCAUUUAGUUUUAUGUUCUAAAGAACUAUUGGUGCAACUCCGGAUUUUCAGUGAAAUAGUACUGCCAGUCCCCAAA